UGCAACCCUCUACAAUACCCAGUUAUUAUGUCCACUACGUUCUGCUGCUCCCUCGUCACUGCAGCCUACGUGAUUGGCUUUAUUGACUCCACUGUCACUCUGCUUGGCAUGAGCACCUUACAUUUCUGUAAAUCCAAUGUAAUCCACCACUUUUUCUGUGACACAUCCCCAAUAUUAGCCCUCUCAUGCACUGACACACAUAAUGUUGAGAUCAUUAUAUUCAUUUUUGCUGGAUCCACUUUAGUGGCAUCUCUCAUCAUAGUCUCUGUGUCCUACGUGUCCAUUCUCUCUGCUAUCCUGAAGAUCAAUUCCACAGCAGGUAAGCGAAAAGCCUUCUCUACCUGUGCCUCCCACCUCCUGGGAGUCACCAUCUUCUAUGGUUCCACGAUUUUCACUUACUUAAAGCCUAGUAGGUCCUACUCCUUGGGCAAAGACCAAGUGGCCUCUGUUUUUUAUACUAUUGUGAUCCCCAUGCUGAAUCCACUCAUUUAUAGUCUUAGGAACAAAGAAGUGAAAAAUGCUGUCCUUAGAGUUAUGCAGAAGACAGGGAGCACCAGGAAUUUCAGAUGA